AGAGCGAGAGACUAACGGGCGCAUCUUGAACAUAUCUGUCUUUCCUGCCUAAUGUCCCACGGAGUAGGUUAAGCCACGUGCAUUUACAGGCUAUUUCAUUACUUCGCCACAAAGGUCCAGUUUUUUGUGUUCCAGUGAAGCAUACGGCAUCAUCAUGGUCAAACUAGCAAAGGCAGCAGCAAAGCAAGCAACCCAAAAGAAAAAGGCUCCACCACCUCCUAAAGAAGUAGAGGAGGAAUCUAGUGAAGAGGAAAACAGUGAAGAGGAGACCCCUCCACCUAAAAGCAAGAAGGCCACACCAGCUAAGGCAACCCCAGCUGUUAAGAAUGGCAGUGCAGCAAAAAAAGCAGAAAGUGAAGAUGAGGAAGAGGAUGAUUCUGAAGAGUCAUCUGAAGAAGAAGCACCCCCACCAAAGAAAACCCCAGUAAAAAAAACAGCCAAGGCUGCCCCUGCGGCAGCGGAGGAGGAGGAGGAGGAGGACGACGACGAUGAAGACGACGACGAGGAUGACGAUGAUGAGGAAUCAGAGGAAGAGGCCCCACCCCCUAAGAAGGCUGCUCCCGUCAAACCAAAAUCCAAACAACCUGUAAAAGCAAAGCCCGCUGAGGAAGAGGAGGAGGAUGAUGAUGACGAUGAUGAAGACUCAGAAGAAGAGAUGGACACAACUCCUGCCACAAAGGCAAAGAAAGCAGGCAUGGUUAAGGCAAAGGAAGAGUCAGAGGAGGAGGAGGAGGACGACGACGACGAUGAGGAGGAAGAGGAGGAGGAUGACGAGGAAGAGGACGCUGCAGUGACCCUUGGCAAGAGGAAGGCAGAGAGCAAAAAGGCUACACCUCCUGCCAAAAAGGCAAAGUCAGAAGGCACAGGUUUCUGUCUAUUUGUUGGCAACUUGAAUUCAAAUAAGGACUUCGAAGAAAUCAAAUCAUCCCUUAAGAAGUUCUUUUCAAAGAACAGCCUUGAGAUUGCUGACAUUCGCUUGGGUGGAUCCAAGAAGUUUGGCUAUGUGGACUUUGCAUCUGAGGAGGAAAUGCAGAAGGCACUGGAGCUCAAUGGCAAGAAGUUCAUGGGGCAGGAGCUAAAGUUGGACAAGGCCAGAAGCAAGGAGAGCUCACAGGAGGGCAAGAAAGAAAAGGAUGCGCGGACUCUGUUUGUUAAAAACCUUCCAUAUUCUGCAACGGCUGAUGACCUCAAGGAAGUCUUUGAAAAUGCAGUUGACGUCAGGUUACCUGUAGGCCAGAAUGGUUCAAACAGGGGAAUUGCCUUUGUAGAGUUCCAAACUGAAGCUGAUGCUGAGAAGAUGAUGGAGGAGGCCCAGGGAGCUGAUGUACAGGGAAGGUCUAUUAUUGUUGACUAUGUUGGAGGAAAAAGCCAGAAGGGGCCUAAAGUAGGAGCAGCAGGAGCACCUUGUAAAACCCUGGUAGUGAACAAUCUUGCUUAUAGUGCUACAGAGGAUACCUUGCAGUCCACAUUUGAGAAGGCAGUUGCUAUAAGGAUGCCACAAAGAGAUGGCAGAGCCAAAGGUUAUGCUUUUGUAGAAUUUGAGAAUGAAGAAGACGCCAAGGAGGCUUUGGAUAACUUGAACAACACAGAAAUUGAUGGCCGAACAGUCCGACUGGAGUACAGCCAAAAUGGUGGCGGCAGAGAUGGUGGCAGAGGAAAUGCAGGUCCAACAAAAACCCUCUUUGUAAAGGGCCUGUCUGAGGACACAACUGAUCAGACCCUUAAGGAUGCAUUUGAGAGUGCCGUAGGAGCCAGAAUAGUCACAGACCGAGAGACUGGGUCGUCUAAAGGGUUUGGCUUUGUGGAUUUCGACAAUGAGGAUGAUUGCAAAGCAGCCAAGGAGGCAAUGGAUGAUGGUGAAAUUGAUGGCACCAAGGUGACCUUAGACUAUGCCAAGCCCAAAGGUGAAGGAGGUUUCCGUGGAGGCCGCGGAGGUGGUGGAUUCGGCGGUGGAUUCGGCGGCGGAUUUGGUGGCGGAUUCGGCGGCCGUGGAGGAUUUGGUGGUCGUGGGGGAGGCAGAGGUGGUCGUGGUGGUUUCGGUGGCCGUGGGGGAGGCAGAGGAAGAGGAGGCCCUCGUGGAGGUGGACGAGGACGUGGUGGCUUCAUGGGAGGAAGAGGUGGCGGAGGAUUUGGAGCCAAACCCCAGGGGAAGAAAAUUAAGUUUGAUGACUAACUCUUAGUCUAUUUUACUCUUUGAAUGGACUCUGGUUUCAUCAGUUUUCAGAGCUUUUGGACAUUCCAGAAAGCAUCAUUGAUAUGUAUUUAACUGUUUAUGGGCAUUUUAGCCCUUUAUUUCACUCAACCUUGCCCUUUUGGCCACUUGUUUGCCGGAAUGGUACUUUUGACCCUCUCAGUUCAUGUGCUAUGUGUGAAAACUGAAUGUCCUGAAUGCAAACUUGCACCUCCUGCCCUCAUUAGCUGACUUGGUUUUCCGAAGAAAUGGAAUGAGUCUAUCAAACAAGUUUGCUGUGGAAAAACAAGUCUGUCAGAUACAUCGUGUAAAUUUAAACUUUGUUUUAUUUUACUUUUUUUUUUUUUUUUUGUAAAAAAAAACUCGUAUUGUGUUUUUAUUUCGUUUUAGUUUGCUUUAGGUGCCAAGUUUUACUGUAAUGUGCAAAGCAUAUUUUGGUAGAUUUGAGAGCGUUGAGUGAGCAAAGAUGUUCCUGUUUGGUGGGGUCACGGAGUGACUCGUAACUGUAACAUAUUUGUAGUGCAUUGUCCAUUUAUCUUUCCCCAUCUCAGAAUCUAAAGAUUUUCAUGUUAUUCAAUAAAACUUGUAGGGUGAUUUUUAAA